AACUUUUCAACAGUAAUUUUCACAGACAAUGGUGAUCACCAAGAAAUAUGUGUUGACAAAACAUUUUGAAGGCGAGCCCAAGCGGUCAGAUUUGACUUUGGUGGAGGAGAAGUUACCUGCUCUGAAGCCUGGAGAAUUUCUUAUCAGAGCAGAGUUUUUAUCCGUUGAUCCGGGCGUGAGAGCAUAUGAACCUAGACUUCCACUGGGUGCCACGAUUAUCGGAUUUCAGAUUGCUGAAAUUGUAACGUCUAAAAACAGGGCUUAUCCAGUUGGAAAACGUGUUGUUGCCAGUGUUGGCUGGCAAACGUACACUGUGAUCGAUGGGAAUUUCGGUAGCAACAAUGAUCAAUUUCUUUACAUGCUGCCAGAUUUCGAUGGAUUACCUAUAUCCUUGGGUCUGGGAGUGCUGGGUAUGCCAGGAAACUCUGCCUAUUUCCCAAUCAUCGAAAUUUUGCGACCAAAAGCUGGUGAAACUCUAGUUGUAAGUGGUGCAGCGGGAGCAGUCGGAUCUCAUGUUGGUCAGAUCGGCAAGAUUCGUGGAUUGAAAAUAAUCGGAGUUGCCGGAUCGGAUGCAAAAUGUAAAUGGCUCACAGAAGAACUCGGAUUUGACCAUGCUAUCAAUUACAAAACUCAAAAUGUCGCCGAAGUUUUGAGAGAAGUUGCGCCAAACAAAAUUGAUUGCUAUUUUGACAAUGUUGGAGGAGAUAUAUCUAGCAUUGUACUUAAUCAAAUGAAUGUUGGCGGUCGCGUCGCGGUUUGUGGUAGUAUUUCCACAUACAAUGCAGACAUUGAAGCGUUACCCAAAACUGAUAUCAUUCAGCCUGCUGUACUCACUUCCCAAUUAAAACUGGAAGGAUUUAUAGUGCUGCGUUGGAGGGAUCGAUGGAUGGAGGGUAUUGAACAGAAUCUUAAAUGGAUAAAAGAAGAUAAACUGAAAUAUCGCGAAACAGUUACAAAUGGAUUUGAAAACACGUUUGAUGCAUUUGUUGGGGUUUUGCGAGGAGAUAAUAUUGGAAAAGCUAUUGUCAAAGUGUAAAAACUUAGUUAGAAUACGAAAUUUUUGAAAGACAUUCAAAAGAAUCGAUUAUUGAUGUUUGUAUCAUACACAGAACAUCUCAUCGUUGAUAAGAAAUAAAAAAAUAAU